UAGCGCUUUUGGUAUUUGCUAAUAUGCUAAAUUCGUUAACGUGUGGAGCAGUUUCCUUUUUUUAUGAAGAGCUUUGAUUGGUUGGUGUGCAAGUCACGAGCUUGUGAACGGAACUCUGAUUGGUAAAGGGCUGGGACUGGAGCGAGUCGACUGGGGGUGGUUUUCAAGCCAGAGCCUUUUGCAACAAGACACCGCUUAGGUUCCUCACGGUUAGUUUUCGCCUGUUUCGUGCGGUUGAACAUUGUUUAUCUGCUCCACCCAUCAUGGAGAAACCUCUGUGUCCCAGAGAGUCAGGGCAGUUUGUGUCAGAACACAGUCGAGAUGUGUUUAUUGAGGAAGGAGGAGUGCAGGAGGUGGCGGAGAUGCUCUACCGCCUCCGACACAGUGAAGCCCUGACAGCCAGCGGAUGGAAGAAGGCAAAUCCAUUGGCUCUGUUGCCAACAUCAGACCAGGCCUUAAACUGGGUGUUUGUGGUCGACACCAUGAACUUCUCCUUUUGGCCUGAGAAGGAAGCUGAGCAGUGUGAGGUGACCUAUAAAGGCACGACUUAUACGGGCUACAUGACCCUGUGUGCCUCCAUCACCAGGGCCGUGGAAGAAGGUGUACCAAUUACUGAUCCCAAGUACUUCUCCCAGAUGAGCGUGGAGGAGUUGGGACUUGUCCUUCGAUCAGACAAUGAAACAGCCAUGCCCAUGCUUCAGGAGCGCCACCAGGCUCUGACUGAGGGCGGCCGCGUACUGCUGGAACAUGGGGGAAGUUUUCGGAGUUUCAUCAGCCAGGCAGGAAAUGACGCCCAGAAGAUGGUGGAGCUCAUUGUGGAGAAGAUCCCGUCCUACAGGGAUGAGGCUACGUAUGAGGGCAGAAGGAUCUCUUUCUACAAGCGAGCUCAGAUCUUAGUGGCAGAUUUCUGGGGUGUGAUGGAGGCCCGGGGAGAGGGCAGCAUCACUAACAUGGACUGGCUCACCAUGUUUGCAGACUACAGGGUUCCUCAGGCGCUCGUCUACUUGGGAGUACUAAGAUACUCGGACGCGCUGAUGCAAGUACUGAAGAACGGUGAACUGCUGCUUUCUGGAGACCGGAGAGAAGUUGAGAUCCGAGGUUGUUCCAUUUGGUCCGUGGAGCUGAUCAAGGAACGCCUUCAGAAGCUGGUGCAGGAAAGAGAUGGACAGACUUGUGACAUCAACGCCACUGUCAUCGACUUCUACCUGUGGCCUUUCGCCAAGGAGCACCACAAAGAGAUGGCUCACAUUCCCAUUCACCACACUCGCUGUAUUUACUACUGAUACUGAUGGGAGCAAAAUAGACCAUAAAUCACAGGUUGCUACUUUUGGCACAGAUUCCUGUAUUUCUGAGAUGAAACGAGCUUUACUGUAGCUGUAAUUAAAGCUGUUAGGAUGGUACAAACAGCCUGUUAAGUCAAAACCAAUUGAAAUGUUGUCUGUAUGAUAUAGAAUGAAUACAUUACACUAUAACAUAAUUGUGUUUUGACUUUAAUAAGACACAUCCAUGUCAGAACAUUUAAAAUAAAAUGUGGUUCUCAGAUUGUGUAUGUGUUGGAUUUGAAGUGAACGCUGCAGUACACUAAUAAGAAUAUUUCCAUGACAUGACAAGGUGAUUGGAGGAUAACUCCCACAAAGGUUGUUUGUUUCAAAUUGUCAAAUAAAAAUAAAUCUAGUUUAA